CAGCAGGACACUAAUCUCUGUCCUCCAUUCUGCACAGGGUAUCAGAAGCCAGGUGAUACAGGGCUAGCUCCUGCAGGGUUUGAGGUCCUAUUCAAGCCAACUGAGGUUUCCUCUGUCCUUCCUCUUUGCCAUCCGUGAUCUUCCCUUCUUUUUCCUCUCAGCCCACACUGGCCAAUAUUCUUCAUGCCCCCUUUAUCUGAUCCAGGUUCCUCUUCCUAGCAGGGACCAGCUCCCUCCAUUCAGCACUGCAGACACCUACCAGUAUUUCCCCACGCCCUCAUGCUCUUCCUCUGGGCUGCUUAGGCCUGGCCUUGCUACCCAUCUGCUCCCUUGGCCUUGUCACGCUAGAACCUUUCCCUGCCUUUUCUGCUUUUCCCACUGCAGUAUUUCAACAGGCCGCACCAUGCCUACUGGCCUGGCUGCCCUUGCGUAGCUGGCACCAUGGGCUGAGCGGCCUCCUGCCUGCAAGCGGUGUGCAAAGGCACUGGACACUGUAAACCUGGCAAUGGCCGUGCAGUUUGUGAGAGAGCAAUGCAGCAGAGAUUGCUGUGUUCUCCUCCCCCUUCCUUCCCCCCAUCUCUACAAGAUUAGGAGAAAGGAAGAGCCUGACUCCCAUCAGGGAGUUGUGAUGGGGAAUGUAUCUCUGAGCCAAUUUCAACCUAAAAAUGGCUUGAGAUGGGGAGAGGACUGGGGAAGGAAUGCAUUGGGUUUCUGAGCUGCUCUCCCUAAAAAUAGUAUAUCACACCAAAAAGGUCUCUUGCUGUCUCCAUCUUCCAGCUGUUUUUCAGCAUUAUGUCAGGCCUGUAGGGCAGGGAGUCAAACUGGAUCUGAAAAAAAAAAUCUGUUCAGACAAUUACUGUUCCUCGAACUUCAAUUGAACCUGAAUGGUUAUUUUGAUGUUUUAGUUUGAACUCAGAUCAGAAACAGACCUAAAAAACUGCAGUUACAGCUGAACCCAGAUUGGAUCUGACCUGAAAAAUGUCCUGAUUUGACUCCCUAAUUUUUAAAGUAAACAUGGCCAACCACACUAUCUGGAAAACACUCAGCUUAUUCCUACUAUGGAGAAUCUCUAAGCAGGCAGCUCUUGGGCAAGGCCAGCUGGUGGGGCCUGCUUGUGCUAGCACACUCAGCCCUUGAUUUCCUUCUACCUCCCAGGAAUAAUCUGUUUGGCAAGUACUGUGGUGAGACCAGAGUAGGUGUGACUGCAAGCUUGGUAUUAAGCCAUUUUUGCUGUGUUAGUGCCUUUGCAUUCUUGCUAACACCCUGAUCCUUCCCAGAGUUGAGGGGCCCUUCUCCAUGGUGCCACAGCUUUUCUGGAACCUGAGGAUAUUCAGCACUUUCUAGGAUGGUACCUUCAAAGUGCUUCAGGCCUGCUUCUGGCCAUGCGUCUCAUUUUAGAAACAUUAGCAGCACUACACCUGCUCCUAUGAGCGCAGCUUGCUGUGCACUGUCCUUCUGCUUUUCUUUAUUUUUUGGAACUUUGUUUUUUAAAGUGCAUUUUAUGAAAUCCAAGCAUGUUUUCUCUCCUUUCUCAGUAGCUUUCUAACAUUUGAGCUAACAGGUUGUAUUUAUUUUAUUCUGCAUGCUUACCAGUGGAUCGUAAAGGUGGGAAUGCUCAUAUGACUGCACCCUCUUCAGUUAAUAGCCGAACCUUUAACGCUAGUCAUACCGGUAUGUUAGGUCACGCAUGUAAACAUAAGAAGCCUUUAUCAGCUGCAAAAGCCUGCAUUACUGAAAUCCUCCCUUCUAAAUUCAAACCCAAACUAGCAGCUCCAGCUGCUCUUGUGCAGGACAAGAAGGGUAUCUUGCUGUCUCAUGAGAAAGCUCAAAGCUGCGAAAACCUUCGUAGCUCCAUUGCCUUGUUCGAUAAUAAAAAAGCUUUCAUGGUAGACAUAGGGGAGGGCAUAGAAAACAUGCUGAUGAAGUCGAAGCAGGAGUAUGCCAUCAAAUCUGGCAGUACCAUGAGCCUGCAGGAGUAUGGCACCAACUCUAGGAAAGGCUACCUGUUCCCUGCCUCCAGGAAGAGUGGGAUGGAGUUUACAAUGCUAUAUAAAGACAUGCAUCAGAUCAACCGGUCCAGGAUCCAUCUGGGCACAGUCUCCUCCUGCAGCGUGAGGGAUAUUGCGUCUCAGUUUGAGAAUGAGGCAAAGGACAGGAUGGAGCACAGUCUUAGCCAGGAGAAUUCAGAGCAGAUCCCCAAACACACAGUUUCCUCCCGUAUCAGUGCCUUUGAGCAGCUGAUCCAGAGAUCCCGAUCAAUGCCCUCGCUUGACUUUUCCAUUGGACAAAGCAAAUUCCCUACUUCUCUCCAGUCUAAAACUUGUCUGAGUUCUGCCUAUUCUGCAGAGUCCAUUCUGGAUUUGCCAAAAUCCCACCAAGAAGAGAAGGAUGCUGCCAGCUUGGCAGAUAAAUCCUCUCAUUCCUGCAGCAACGUGGAGGACACGGCUUCAGAUGUCAGUGAUGCCAUCCCUAUGGACACACUUUCAGCUUGCACAGAUGAGAUAGAUCUCCUCUCAAAUGCAUCCAAUGACAGCGGCAGCAGCAGCAGCAACCUCAAUGGGCCUCAGAAAUAUAAAAUCAACAGAUGCAAAGGCGCAUGCCCAGCUUCCUACACCAGGUUCACUACCAUCCGAAGGCAUGAACAGCAGCAGUCCUGCAGGAACCCUGAUUCCAAAGGGGAUGUCUAUGGGGACAGACACACGCUCCCCAGAAAUGUCUACCUAAUGAGCCCUCUCCCCUUCCGAUUGAAAAAGCCUUUCCACCACAAUUCCAGGAGGACUCCAUCCCUGGACUGCCCGGGAACCCCGUCAGCACCCAGCCCCGAGAGCCCAAAUGACCCCGUACAGCUACAAGGCAGCGUAGGAGACAAGAGUCACUACUCCCAGCACGGACCGUGCUUCAAAAGCAGGCCUCUAGCCCCAAAGCGCUUGUCUUCCUUUGACAUUGUGGAAAAGCUUAGCCACUUCCCCACCAUGGGAAGUAGCCGAGAUAGCUUCAUGGGCCGGGCUGGUACUCCUGAGUCCUUUAACAAUGGCAACCCUGUUCCAUAUGCUCUCUAUCACAGCUUGGACACAAACAACAACCUGCAAAGUGAACUUGGGACGUACCUAGGAGGUGGCUUUUUGUGUUCUUUACCAGUGUCCCUUCAUCUGUCUUCUUGCUUUACUUUUUCCUCCCCUUUUCUUCACAACCCCUGCAUUUUUAUUCCCCACCUUUGCAUCCCCUGACUCUCUUUUUUUCCCAGUAUGUCUAAUGUCCUUUGCGUGUCUUGCUGAGAAUUUAUGUUCAGGACUUGUUAACAGCUGCACUUCUGAGAAACGAUUUUCGCUGCCUUUCUAAACACAACAGGCUCAGUUUGUCUCUCAUGAAACUCCUGGGAUAGAAGAAUCUCAACAUGAUACUUUUAGUCCUGUAUCAUUUGCACAGUUGGGAAUAUAAAAGAAACCCAGAUGAUUUGCUUUAAGGAGCAGUUUCUCAAGGUCUAGUUGUGUGUGUGUGUGUGUGUGUGUGUGUGUGUGUGUUAAACUUUUCUCAACAAUAAAAUGUUAAAUCCUAUUUUGAUGGCAGCAAAUCUUUUCUUCACGAAGUCCUUAUAUGUUUUUACUCUUUCCUGUACCUUUAUUUUCUCCCUUUUUUGGAUCUUUGUUCACAAGUACAGCCCAAAAGGGAAAAAAAUGAAAAUGGAUAAACUAUCAACAUUUGAUUGGCUAUUUAGUCAACAGCAAUUGAGAAUUCUUGCUGCCAUAAUGGAAGCAAAUUGUUUAAAAAUAGCUAUUUUUUUUCCUUUCUGGUUAUGUGAAAUAAUCCAUCUGUAUUUUAACUUCCUUAUGUUGUU